UAAUGGUCUGUGGUCGGUCAAAAUAACAUCAUUAUCUGUGUAAAUAACCCCCAAUUCAAGUAAAAAGUAAUAGCAGUAACAAGUUAGAAUAAUAGAACUGGGGAAUUAAAAUCAAACCAUAAAAUGAAUAAGCCUUUACUCAAAUCCAUAUCACCUCUAACAUUGUUAUGUCGCUUAAAGGGUCACAAACCAUCCGGAGGUGUUCGAUAUCCAGGAGGAAUAAAGUAUUUUCCUAGGCAUCCAGACCACAAAGAUCCUGAAUAUACACCUUCAAAAUUAUUCAGAAUUGAGCAAAUUCAAACCAGCAAACAUCACCCAUGGUGGCAAAAAAAGAUUUUGAGUGAAUUGAAGAUAGAUGAUCAAAAUAGAGUUGCAAUUGUAAAAAAUAUACCAGCCAUCAAUAUGAGAUUAUGGAAAAUAAAACAUUUGAUCAGAGUAACCCCAAUAAUAUUUCCAUAUGGUGAACCAACCGAGGAAGACAUCAAAUACACAGUACUCAAAGAAAAUGGACAGUGCAUAGUAACAAAGACACUGCAACCAGAACAAAAACAAGUAGAAGCAUUAGAGAAAUUUGAAACAGAUCCAAAGAAAAUGGACUCAACUACACUUAAGCGAGAAUCUAGGUAUAGAUGGAAUGAUGCUUUCACCGGUGGAUUUUAAUUUGAUUAAAAAAAAAAUAUGUAGAUUAUUAAUAAAACAGAUUACAU